AGCACAUGGUAUAGAAGGGAGGCAAAGCAUAAAGCUCACGCGGACGCCGAGUCAACACGCGGGUCAACUCGAGUCUCUCUCUCACACAUAAAAUUUAGCACAUUCCAAAUUAAGAUUCACCACUCUCCUCAUUCGUCGCUCCAAAUCUACUUUCUCUCUUUGGUUCCCUGAUUAAAAGAGAAAAGAAGAUAACAAAAAAAAAAAAAAAUCAUUUUGGUGUCGGUGGUUAUUCUUUUCGCUCCGUCUCCAAGCGUUUCCUCAGAUCCAAACAAACAACGAUGACGAUGAGCAACGGCGAUUUGAAAACCAGCAACGCCUCUUUCAGGAUCUUCGUCGGUUACGAUCCACGCGAAGAUCUCGCCUACCAAGUCUGUCACCACUCCAUCACCAAGAGAUCUUCCAUCCCCGUGGAGAUCACGCCCAUCGUCCAGUCAGAUCUCCGAGAGAGAGGCCUCUACUGGAGAGAAAGAAACCAGCUCGAGAGCACCGAGUUCUCCUUCACCCGCUUCCUGACUCCACACCUGUCUGACUACCAAGGCUGGGCUAUGUUCGUCGACUGCGAUUUCCUCUACCUCUCCGACAUUAAAGAGCUCGUUGAUCUGAUCGACGACAAGUACGCCAUCAUGUGCGUUCAGCACGAUUACACUCCUAAAGAGACCACUAAGAUGGACGGCGCCGUCCAAACCGUCUACCCGAGGAAGAACUGGUCGUCCAUGGUGCUUUACAACUGCGGCCACCCGAAGAACAAGACCUUGAGCCCUGAGGCUGUCAACACUCAGACUGGUGCCUUCCUCCAUAGGUUCCAGUGGCUGGAGGAUGAGGAGAUUGGGUCUGUUCCUUUCGUCUGGAACUUCCUUGAAGGGCAUAACAGGGUCGUUGAGAACGAUCCCGCCACCCAGCCUAAGGCCGUGCAUUUUACUCGCGGUGGGCCUUGGUUCGACGCUUGGAAGACUUGCGACUUUGCUGAUCUCUGGCUCAGUGAGAUGGAAGAGUACUCCAAAGAGAACAACAAAAAUGCGAAUUAGAAAGAAAAAAAAUAGGUAUGUUACUUACUUGCCAACACAAAUCUAUAGUUUUUGCUGAGCCAGUGAUCACUACUUACUCUUGUGGAAUGGCUUUGGAUUUGUCAUUUUCUCAUUGAAAUUCGUUUUCAU